AUGGCGAAAGACUUACCAUUGUUAGGCGAUAAAGGCACACCAAAGUUCGAUAAGAACAAGCCAGAGGAACUACUGCGUUUCUUGGAUCAGCUUGAUGACUUAUUCAAAAAGUACAGAGUCAAGACUGACAAAGAAAAGAAGCGAGUUGUGUGUUGUUACAUAUCCCCCACUACAGAGGCAGAAUGGCGUGCAUUCAGUAUGUUCCAGAAGGGCACCUGGAAGCGAUUCAGGAAGGACCUGAUCAUGUCGUACCCAGAAGCUGUUAAUCUACAUAGAGGUUCUAUCGAUGCCUUGGACAAAAUAUGCCAAAAACAUAGUGGAAAUAACCAAAUUAAAAGUCAUGAUAGCCUAGGCUUAAUGGCUUUAGUACAAACCUUUAGAGCAGAAGCUGGGAAACUGUUACAGCCUCCCGCACUACUAUCUAACCGUGAUCUAGUAGAGCGAUUUAUCGGUUGUUUGACAACGGAGUUUGCCAGACCAAUAGGCCAGAAACUGGACUUCAAGUUGGAUACUACAAAUGUAGUCAAAACCUAG